GCACAUGAAAUACUAAAUGUUUGGUCGACCAACAACAUAUUUCCACCCAACUAUAGUUUUCGUAAGGUGUGCUUCUGCGAUGAGUGUAGCACCAUGAUUGACGAGCUCAACGAUUUCGCUGAGAGCACAAGAUCCUUACUUGAGAGUGUAAUGGUAUAUAUACAGAAAAACUUAUACAUGUGUAAAGAUAUUGAUGAUAUAUUCACCUUUUUAUUGACUCUAUCUUUUCAUUUAUGUAAACAGGACAUUACAUCUUUUGUCUCCCAGUUGAUCAUUCGUGACACUAGUCAGCACGCACACUCCACAGUUUUCGAAUUUUGCUCAAAAGAGAGAGUGAGUACUGACAUGAUUUCAUUUUGUCCAAUAUUUUCCUUUAUUCCCCACAAGCUAGGAGUUCGAUUUAUACUUGAAGAAAAUAAGUUACGAGACAAACAAAUUGAAAUCCAAAAAGUGAUAGCUGAGAGCGGUAUCGUUCCUGAUUUUGAAAUCAAUAGAGUUGAUGAGAAGGAUCUAUCAUGUGUAGCAGAGUGCAUACGUUUUGAUAUCGGCAGCCGUGGAAUAAGAUAA